AUGGCCGAGUACGGGGAGGGGGAGAAGCCCGUGAGCUUCGAAGAAGAAGUGGAGACGUUCCUCAUCAAUCUUCACGAUUUCGUGUACCACCGAAACGCGGAGGCGAUUAAGAAACUUUUCGACACGGACUUCUACGCCAUUUCGGACAUCUAUUUUAAGAAUAUAAGAUGGCCCUCCAUAAAGCUAGUAGACAUUUUCUAUAAACAAAAGAAUCGUUUCCACAAUCUGAUUCACUCGCUAUAUGAGGAGCUAUAUUACAGACAUGUGUUCAUAAUAAAUGACGUGACGUUGGAAGAUAGGAAAAAUGCGUGGGAUAACUACAAAUGUUUGUUGAAUUUUAUUGUUACGAUAUGUUCGGAUCCAUCUGGUGAAACAAAUGACAACGUGCUGGUGAUGCCAAAUGUGUGGAUCCAUGACUUCCUCUCUGAGUACAUUUAUCAAUAUCAGUCCAUGUGUCACUACAAGCUAAGAAUACUGAAAGAUCCAGAGGAAAACAAGGAAGGCAUCGAUUUCUUAAUAAAACAUUCGGAUGUCUUUGAGAGCAGCAUCGUGUUGGAAGUCCUACAUAGUCUCCUAUUGAAGGCUGAAUUUAUUACCCUCUCUGAGGAAGAGAGAAACAUCUUCGUGCAUAACGUUUUUCACGUAAACAAUGAGGAACUAAGUAAUAGAUACCAGUUCGCUUACUUCUCCUGCUGUGUCCUACUGAAGGUUUAUGUGCUGAUGGGAGAUUACUACACUGCAUUGAAGAUAAUAUCGUAUAUUGAGUUAAGUCACAAGGCACUGUACUGGAAGGUGACUCUCUGUCACAUGAACAUAUUUUAUCACAUCGCAUUCUGCUACAUGAUGCUGAGAAGGUAUAAUGACAGCAUUAAGAUCUUGUCUCAGAUUUUAGUUUAUCUCUCAAAGCAGAAGAUUCAUUUGUCUAAUCAGCAGAGGUACCAGCAGAGUCAAAUACAUAAGCUUAUUGAUAAAAUGUAUUUCAUCGUCAUCAUCUGUCACUCGUUGAGUAACACCAGACUAGACGAAACGGUGUUACAAAAUAUAAAAGAAAACUACUCAGGCAAGUUUUAUGCUCUCCUGCAGACAACCAAUGAGCAGGCUUAUGCUGACCUCUUCUACAAGGUCGCCCCGAAAUUUAUCGACCCCCUUUCGAAUAUCAGUUUCCAGCUCUUAGCCAACUUCGAGAAUGUACAGAAUCAGACGUACAACUCGGAUCCUAUGACGACCCAGCUGAAUAUUUUUUUGAAAGACGUUUCGUAUCAGAAGAAGGCUUUCCAUUUUAUCUCCUACUCGAAGCUGUAUCAUAACAUUCAGCUGAAAAAGUUGAGUAGCCUCAUGAAUUAUGGGGACCACCAGAGUCGUCUUGCAGAGGAGAAGCAGAGUCGUCAUGCAGUGGAGCAGCCGAACGGGGAGACCAACGGAUUGGCGACCCACUCGGCGGAUGGACAAACGGGGGGAUCGCUCCUCCCACCCAAUGAGGAGCUCGUCUCCGCAGACAUCAUGUGCGUUAAAAACUCCGGCAGGCAACUCGUGUGGAAAGAGGGGCCACUCUACAAGGGCGAAGUGGUCACCUCCGUCUUUGGCUCCACCUUCGAUUUCUACAUCGACAUGGACAUACUUAACAUUAAGACGCGGGCGCAGCAGAAGAUCUUUAUUGACUACUUUGUGCACCAAAUAAACAUGUGCAAGAAUCUCAGCAACAACCUGCAGGGCACUGCCGCCCCCCACGCCACCAAGGCCAAGUACGACAACUUCAGGCGCAAGAACAAGGGCAAGGGCCGCCCCAAGGUGUGA